AUGCAUGCACGUUUGUUCGACGACGACCGCCAAAUUUCGAUCAUUAUAAAGAGCAGACAGAACCGCAAAUCCUGGAUCGUCUGCGAACCCAUCACAGAGGAGCCGGACAGCGUCGACCACCAGCACCAACCCCAUCGUCAUCACAGACUGCGAGCACCGCUCCCGCGUACACAUUCAGCUCCCCAGCUCAUCUCCACAACCACAGUCGCACCAAUCCAUAUAAACAGCUCGCCCACAAUGCCCUCCUCGUCCCUCAUGCCCCGCAGCGACUCCUUCAACGCCCGUGUUCGCGGCACGUCCCACAUCGACUUCAAGACAGCCACAACCGGCGUCGCUGCAAAGUCGAUGCGCAACGAGAUCUCCCGCCUCGUCUCCACCGUCGAGGACCUCGCCACCAAGAAGGCCUUCGACACAGAGAUGCAAUCUUUCUUCUACCUCUUCACCCGGUACCUCGCCGAGCGUGCAAAGAGCGUCGAUCUCGACUGGGACCGCAUCAAGUCCCCCGCCGAGGAUCAGAUCGUCCCCUACACCAACCUCCCAAAGCCCAAGGACUCGACCAACCUCAACAAGCUCGCUGUCCUCAAGGUCAAUGGUGGUCUCGGUACCUCCAUGGGCAUGACCGGUGCCAAGUCCGCACUUGAGGUCAAGGACGACAUGACCUUCCUCGACCUCACCGUGCGCCAGAUCGAGCACCUCAACACCACCCACCGCGUCGACGUCCCCCUCAUCCUCAUGACCUCCUUCAACACCCACGAGGACACCCUCCGCAUCAUCAAGAAGUACGCCAACCAGCAGCUCCGCAUCACCACCUUCAACCAGUCCCGCUACCCCCGUAUCUUCAAGGAGACCCUCCUCCCCGCCCCCAAGCGCGCCGAUGACGACAAGAAGCACUGGUACCCGCCCGGCCACGGUGACCUGUACAACGCGCUCCUCCACAGCGGUGUCCUUGACCAGCUCCUUGCGGAGGGCAAGGAGUACCUGUUCGUCUCCAACUCGGACAACCUGGGUGCCGUUGUCGACGAGAGCAUCCUCCAGCACAUGAUCGACACUCAGGCCGAGUUCCUCAUGGAGGUCACCGACAAGACCAAGGCUGACGUCAAGGGUGGUACCCUCGUCGACUACGAUGGUGCCAUCCGCCUGCUCGAAAUCGCCCAGGUGCCCUCGGAGCACGUCGAAGACUUCAAGUCGGUGCGCAAGUUCAAGAUCUUCAACACCAACAAUCUGUGGAUCAACCUCAAGGCCCUCAAGCGCAUCAUGGAGCACGAAGGCCUCGAGCUCGAGAUCAUCAUUAACCCCAAGACGACCGACGACGGGCACGCCGUCAUCCAGCUCGAGACCGCCGCCGGUGCCGCGAUCAAGCACUUCAAGAACGCCCACGGCAUCAACGUGCCCCGCAAGCGCUUCCUCCCCGUCAAGUCCUGCUCGGACUUGCUGUUAAUCAAGAGCGAUAUUUAUUCGCUCCAGCAUGGACAGCUGAUCUUGAACGAGCAGCGAAUGUUCGAGACGACGCCGGUUAUUAAGCUGGGGGAUCAUUUCAAGAAGAUCCAACAAUUCCAGAAGCGGUUCAAGAAGAUCCCCAAGAUCCUCGAGCUCGACCACUUAACGGUCACCGGCGACGUCUACUUUGGGCGGAACGUCACCCUGCGCGGGACGGUCAUUGUCGUCGCCAACGAAGGCCAAAGGAUCGACAUCCCUGAUGGGUGUAUCUUGGAGAACAGGUUGCUGUCGGGUAACUUGAACAUGAUCGAACUGUAA